AUGGCGAAGGCGGAGACGAAGAUGAAAGUGAUGGUCUUGUCCGGAGAAUGCGGGCUUUCAGCGUCCGAGGAAGAAGAAGAGAAACAACGCAUGCUUGAAAUGCAUGCCAUAGAUGUUGUAACAACCAUGGGUCCUGGUUAUAAAGGACCAAACUUGCAUGUUAUUCGUGGUUAUUAUUUGGCAAAAGCGGUUGAUGAAGUGAAGAUUUAUGUUAAGAGUUAUCGAGAGAUUUGGAAGAAGACUGAUGUCUUAAAGACUGCUAGAUUGUUGCAUCAGUUGUUUAGAGAGGUUGUUUUGUAUGUUGGGGUAGAAAACAUUGUGCAUAUGAUGACUGAUAAUGCUGCAAAUUAUGUUGUUGCUAGCAAGUUAUUGAUGGAAGAAUUUCCUUUAAUAUUUUGGUCUCCUUGUGCUGCUCAUUGUAUCAACCUCAUACUUCAGGACAUUGGUAAAUUGCAGUCAGUUUGUUCUGUUGUUGAGCAUGCUUCUGGUAUCAUAAACAUUUUAGCUCAUAAAAAUGAGUUGAGAGCUAUGGUGACAUCUAGGGAAUGGGUCUCAUCUGCUUAUGCUAAAUAUAGCAAAGGAAAAAAGUUUGUUGAAAGUGUGUUAGACUCUCUGUUUUUGGAAGAAUGUGCAAUAAUUAUGCGAAUGAGUGAACCUUUAGUUCGAGUUCUACGAAUGGUUGAUGGUGAUGAUAGACCUUCGAUGGGAUAUUUGUAUGAUGAUAUUCAUCAUGCAAAAGAAGAAAUGUUAAGGAGAUUUCAAAAGAGAAAGGCUAAAGUGAAACCUUUCAUAGACAUUAUCAAUAAUCGGUGGGAUGGACAACUAUAUAGAAAUCUUUAUGCUGUGGCAUUUUGGUUGAAUCCUCAAUUUCAAUAUGAUGCAAAUAUAAUGGAUAAACAUAUGAGCAUCAUUUCUGGACUUCUUGAUGUUCUUGAGAAAUAUGCACAUGGAAAUCUACCAUUGCAAAGUAAGAUUACAAGUGAGAUGAAGUUGUUUAGGAAUGCUAAACAUGACUUUGGUCGAGCGUCCGCAAUAAAUAAUCGCACCUUUAUGCCUCCAGGUAUAUAA